AUGAUCACGACCUACUAUCGGGCCGACACUGCGCGAGUUCUCAGCCAAACUGUUCUACAAGGUUUUACCCCUCCGUCCACUCUGCCCAUCUACGCCAAUGACUGGAUUCUCGGAAGGGCCCUACACGGUCUUGACGAUGUUGAAUUUGCGCCUGAGAGUUGGCUGACUGGGCUCGACUACGGCGAAGAUGUUGCCCUGCUAGCCUCAGGCUUUGAUGAUUAA